CAACUCUGUUUGACAACACUGAGUCCCGCAGAGUGGGAGCAUCCAUCGGGUGGUCUCGUCACUCCUGCUGGAAGCUUGCGUGCCUUCUUUUUCACCAGAGAAUCCCCCCUAAACAGCUCCCUCCCCAGGUCUCCCCGGAAUCCGCGUUUUGCAUCGCUCCUCAAUUUGCAUCUCUCCCUCACAUUUGCCGUGCCAGCGACUCCAAGCAGUGGGCGCAGCCACCGCGGCUCUUCGUCUCCAAACCAAUAAUCUUUUGAGCACCAAAGAAAGGAAUUUUCAAUAAUGUUGCCCAAGCUGCAGGAGUGGAUGAUUUGAGGACAUUUGCAGAGCGUCGUCUGUAUUUCUAAGACAUACACGUGUGUUGUGGGAAAACAACAAAGGGCUUGUCUGCAGAUUGCGUUGUGCGUUCCCUCCUAUUUCUCGUUUUUCUUCAAUUUGUUCGUUUAAGACGACGUUUUCACGCUUGGCGGGAGCUCCACGUUUAGUGCGCCUUGGUUUUGCUGAAAGACGCAUCUGGAGAUGUCGGAAGUGCUGCCUUUCAACGAAGAGAAAAUGAGUCAUUAUGGAAAUGAGGGCGAAGAGGGACACCUUUCCUUCACUUGUCGCCUUCAAGACACCAACAACUUCUUUAACGGCUCACAGAAUAAACGUCCGCCCAAGCUGGGACAAAUAGGCCGGAGCAAACGGGUUGUGAUCGAGGAUGAGACCGGCGAUGACGAUGCACUGAAAAACGUAACAGAGAAGACCCAGGCGGAUGCUUAGAAAGGCCCCUUCCCUUGAAAGACACUCUUGAGAUUUUCUUAAAUGGCGAUAUUUACCUGUUUUAAUCCAAAGACAUUGUAUAUAAGCACUUUGUUUCAUGUGGCAGCAAGCAGCACUUCCACACACCCUUCUCUCCAAGGCAGUCAUGGCCAUCUGGGUGACACACACACACACACACACACAUACACAAGCAGCUAAGGAGACCCCCAGGUGGACCCCACCACCACCAGCACUCACCCUAAAUGAAGAGUUUUCGCCAUAAAUCAAAUAGUGGUAGAGCGAUGGAGUGGUGGGGGUACAAAUGGAGCAAGGUGAUAAAUCAGGGAGAGGAUGCAGAAAUGAAUAUAACAUAAAAACAAAAGCACACAUUUCUGCUAUAUCGGUCCAGUUUGUGAUAACAGUCUGCGAGUUUGUACAUAGGAAAAGGCUCUUUUAUUUUAUUGCACAAAUUUGUUAUCUAUUUGUCUUUAUUUUGGUGGGAAAAUAUGUGCUUUGCAGUGAAUUUUAGGCCUGUUGUUUUUCUAUGUUGAGAGGACAUUUUUUUCCCAACCUAAUUCUCGAUGUUGCCUGUUUUUGUUAUCAUAAUUUGCAUCUGACACGUUAUUUAUUUCUAAUACGGUGUACCUCCCACCUGUGUAAGCUUCCAGCUUUUCACCUGAGUUGGGUGAUACCGGCUGUACACACUCUAUUGAUAAACUAUUUAUAUUGCAUUGUGCAUUAUCGUGUGUGUGCCAAACCUCAUGAGGGAUAAACUGUACUGCACCGGACAACUUGUUCUGUUUUUUUGGUUGUGCUUUUACUCCUAAAGGUGGUUUGUUGGGUUUUUUUUUAGGGCUAACACUUAAAAUAACAACUCAUGCAUGGCAAAUUAAAAAACAUGCAUGCCCAGCAGCAGAAGCUCUGAAACUCGUGUACUCUUGAAGCACCUUGUGAAACAGCUUUGAAUGACAAACCUCAAGCCGCAGUCAUAGUACUGUACUGUACCAUUCACACUUACUUGUACAGUGGCCUGAUAUCUUGUAAUAAAGGCUGUAUCAAAGUACUA